AUGGCAGCGCUGGCCCUGUCAGAUGAGUACGCGGCGAGCACCCCGUGGCCGUCGGCCGCCGCGUGGUGCCGCCGGUGGCUGUGGGACCCUGUGCGGCGGCCGGAGUCGUCGUACAGCUCGGCCGCCGCGUCCACGGCCGUCGGCAUGUUCGUGCUCCAGUGCGCCAAGCGGACGUACGAAACGUACCGCGUAAACGUGUUCUCGGACACGGCGAUCGGGCUGUGGUACUACGCGUCCGGUUACAUGCACUACGCAGGCGCCAUCGUCACCGUGCUGGCCGAGGCGCCSGUCGCAGCGACGGCGGGCAAGCAACAGUCCAGCGCCUUGGAGUCUGUCCGGCUGGUYGGGGCCCUGCUGGUAUUCGCCUGGGCGUACCGCGAACAGUGGAGGGCCAACGUGGCGCUGGCCGAGGCCAGGAAGCGCGGCGGUCGGGUGGUUACGCACGAGCACAUCAUGAUCACCGGUGGACUGUUCGACCUCGUCUCUAGUCCACAGAUGCUCACCGAGGUGGUCAUGUACGGCGCCUGGUACGCCGUGCUGUGGGGCGGCACCGGAUGGAAGUACGUGAUUGCGUUCGUGUGGGGCAAUCAGUUCGAGAUAGCGCUUAUCAGCCACCGGUGGUAUCAAGAAAAGUUCCGGGACUACCCCCGMGAAAGGAAAGCCAUCAUACCGUACGUGCUGUGA